GUUGUUGAUGAUUCUGAUUUGGUACCAACAAAAUUGUCUUUUAUUGAAAGAGGAGCCAAUCAUUUCAAAAACUCUAAAAUAGUCAAAGGUGUUAAGGUAGGUAUUGCCAAAGUAAGAGCUGGAGUUAGAAAAUUAGGCUCGUGGAUAUCGAAUAAGCCAUGGAGAAAAGAUGAUCAUCCUUCAGAAGCUCCACAGCCUGAUUCAAAGAAAGAAUUAAAUGACUUAAUGAACGAACACAAAAGCAAGCUUCAAAAGCAAUAUUUCCCGGUAAGUACUCGUUGGUGUGGUGACGGUAAUAAGGCUAGCAACUACGAAGAAUUGGGUCUGUUUAAGCAUACCGAUGCCUGCUGUCGACAACAUGACAACUGUCCAUUGGGGAUCGGAAGUGGAAAGAGCUUAGGACUUUUGUUAAACAAUGCUGGAUUUACAAGAUCCUGGUGCGCUUGCGACCAAGAUUUCUACAAUUGUUUGAAAGCGGCAAAUAAUCCAGUUGCUAGAGAAAUUGGUGUUACUUAUUUCACAGUUUUAGCACCUCAAUGCAUCGAUUACAACUAUCCAGCAAAGUGCACUAAUUUAACAAGGUAACUAUAAUUUCCAAAUUUUA